UCUUCUUCCUCCUUUCGGCUUUUAAUCUUAAAAACCCUGCAAAACCCUAAUUCGCCAAAUCCCACUCGAAGAAGAAGAAAAAAAAAAUGGGGAAAAUCCCACCUUCGUUUCGUCCAGCAAUAUCGAAUUCCCUCACUAGAAAGCUCCCUUUAGAGCCCCCAACCUCAAUCCCCCAUCACUCUCCCGAGAAAACCACCAAGAAAAAACCACCCCAACAUCCUAAGAAACCCCAAGCUUCCGGCAAAGCCGAAGCCUUAUUCAAAUCUCCAGACCUUUCCUCCGCCAAGAAAGUCUUCAAUUACAUCGUUGCCACAACGAAAUCUUCACCCGAUCUUCGUUUCCACAACACGCUCUUACAAUCCUACGCUUCAAUCUCCACCCUCAAUGAUUCAAUUUCCCUUCUUCACCACAUGAUCAAAACCCAACCUUCGUUUUCACCCGACCGAUCAACUUACCACGUCUUGCUCUCACAAUCUUGCAAAGCACCCGAUUCCUCCCUCUCCGCCGUUAACCAAAUCCUCAACCUAAUGGUCAAUAACGGGCUAAAACCUAAUCAGGUCACCACCGAUAUUGCUAUCCGGUCGCUUUGUGAAGUUGGGCGUAUUGAUCAUGCUGUUGAAUUGGUAAAAGAACUUUCUUUAAAACAAUCUCCGCCUGAUAAUUAUACGUUCAAUUUGCUUGUUAAGAAUUUAUGCAAGUGUAGAACUUUAAGUACGGUUUACAGUUUUAUUGAUCAUAUGAAGAGUUCUUUUGGUAUAAAACCUGAUCUUGUUACUUAUACCAUAUUGAUUGAUAAUGUUUGUAAUUCAAAGAAUUUACGUGAGGCAAUGAGAUUGGUUGGUGUGCUUAAUGAUUCAGGGUUUAAACCAGAUUGUUUUGUUUAUAAUACUAUUAUGAAAGGGUAUUGUAUGUUAAGUAAAGGGAGUGAAGCAAUAGAGGUUUAUAAGAAAAUGAAAGAAGAAGGCAUCGAACCCGAUCUCGUGACAUAUAACACUUUGAUUUUUGGGUUAUCGAAAUCCGGGAGAGUAAAAGAAGCUAAGAAGUAUUUAGAUAUUUUAGUCGAAUCGGGUCAUUUCCCGGAUGCCGUUACAUACACUUCACUGAUGAAUGGAAUGUGUAGAGAAGGGAAUGCAUUAGGUGCAAUGGUUUUGUUGGAGGAGAUGGAAAGAAAGGGCUGUACACCGAAUUCAUGCACUUACAAUACGCUGCUUCACGGGUUAUGCAAGUGUAGAUUGAUGGAGAAAGGAAUGGACUUGUAUGGGGCAAUGAAAUUGGCUGGGAUGAAGCUCGAGACUGCUUCGUAUGCUACUCUUGUGAGAGCGCUUUGUCGUGAAGGCAGGGUUGCAGAGGCAUACGAAGUGUUUGAUUAUGCCGUUGAGAGUAAGAGUUUAACCGAUGUUGCAGCUUACUCAACAUUAGAGGUUACCCUUAAGUGGCUAAAGAAAGCUAGAGAACAAGGGCUAGCUGUUUGACUGGUAUCUCCUUUAUUUGUAUAUCAGUCUCUCUAAUUUGUAGUUCUUGUUGAUCAUUACAAUUUUGAUGCCUUUUUUAUGAAUAAAAUGAGCCUAUUUUUUAUAUGGCAAAA